AUGGCACCCGCCGCGCGAAGAAAGCAGUCCUCCCUCCCAGCAGGUUACAAAGAGGACAGUAGCAAACCCCCCAUGCUCCGUUUCGAAGACUCCCUCCCGCGCCUCCCCGUCCCCGCGCUCGAGGAGACCGCAAAACGGUACCUUAAGUCCGUGCACCCUCUGGUCAGCAAAUCCGAGUACGAGCACACCAAAGCCGCCGUCGAUGCGUUCGUGCAACCCGGCGGGCAAGGCGAGACGCUGCAAAAACGCCUCCUCGCGCGGCGCGACGACCCCAAGCACCGCAACUGGAUAUACGAGUGGUGGAACGCCGCGGCCUAUCUCGAGUACCGCGACCCGGUGGUGCCGUACGUCAGCUACUUCUACUCGCACCGCGACGACCGCAAGCGGCGGAACCCGGCGAAGCGCGCGGCGGCCUUGACGACGGCGGUGCUGGAGUUCAAGAAGCAGGUCGACGAGAAGACGCUCGAGCCGGAGUAUAUGAAGAAGCUCCCCAUCUCCAUGGCGGCCUAUGAGUACAUGUUCAAUUGCUGUCGCGUGCCGGCCAAGUCCACGGAUUAUCCGGUCAAGUAUCCGUAUCAGGAGAACAAGCACAUCAUUGUGAUGCGGAAGAACCAGUUCUGGAAGGUCAUGCAUGAGGUUGGCGGCAAGCAGCUCAAUACUUCGGAGCUGCAGCAGCAGUUCAUGCGGAUAUAUGAGAAGGCUGAGAAGGCGCCGCCCGUGGGCGUUCUUACGUCCCAACACCGGGAUGCGUGGGCAGAUGUCCGCGAGCGCCUCCUCAACUCCAACGCCGCCAACGCCUCCGCCCUCGAAGCGAUCGAAUCCUCCUCCUUCAUCGUAUGCCUCGACGACGCCUCCCCCGUAACCCUCGAAGAGCGCGCGCACUCCUACUGGCACGGCGACGGCUCAAACCGCUGGUUCGACAAGCCGCUCCAGUUCGUGAUAAACGACAACGGCACCUCGGGCUUUAUCGGCGAGCACUCGAUGAUGGACGGCACGCCCACGCACCGCCUCAACGACUACGCCAACGCGACCAUCUUCGGCAACAAGCUCGACUUCGACAACCCGAACGUGCGCUCCAGCCUCCCGGAGCCGGUGCCCGUGAACUUCAAGAUCGACGCCGAGCUGCAGGACGAUUUGCUCGAGGCGCAGAGGCACUUUGAGAAGCAGAUCGGCCAGCACGAGCUGAGGGUGCAGGCGUACCAGGGCUACGGCAAGGGCCUGAUCAAGAAGUUCAAGUGCUCCCCGGACGCGUAUGUGCAGAUGUUGAUCCAGCUCGCGUACCACAAGUUCUACGGGCGCAACCGGCCGACGUACGAGAGCGCCGCGACGCGCCGCUUCCAGCAGGGCAGGACCGAGACCUGCCGCACCGUCAGCGACGAGAGCGUUGCGUUCUGCGAGGCGAUGGCGAACCCGGAUGUCACCCCUGAGGACUGUGUCAAGCUGUUCAGGGACGCGCUCAAGAUGCAUGUGCAGUACAUCUCGGAUGCGAGCGAUGGGAGGGGUGUGGAUAGGCAUCUCUUCGGGCUGAAGAAGUGUUUGAAGAAGGGGGAAGAAGUGCCGGAGAUCUACAACGACCCGGCGUAUACGUAUAGCAGCACGUGGUUCAUCAGCAGUAGUCAGCUGAGCAGUGAGUACUUCAAUGGCUAUGGGUGGAGUCAGGUUAUCGAUGAGGGCUGGGGCAUCGCGUACAUGAUCAACGAGAACAGCAUCCAGUUCAACAUCGUGUCAAAGGGCCUCGGCGCCGACAGAAUGGCGUUUUGGCUCUCGGAGGCAGCAAAUGAAAUUAGGGACCUACUGGUGCCGACGCUGGAGGCGCCGAAGGCUAAGUUGUAG